AUGAUGGACAAUAGAAGCUACUCCAAUCUGCAAGACAAACUGCCUGUCUUCACUGAUUCUGCCCACUUGCCACUGACCAGGUCCUUCUAUCUGGACCCCAUGGUCACAAUCCACUUGUACCCUGAGGGCCCAGUGCCAUCCCCUUACUCUGAAGACCUGCCAUUGCUGCCUUUUUCCAGUGACUCCCUGAUCAUGGAGAACUGUGGUGAACCCUGCACCUUCUCCUUCCCAAUGCCUUAUCCCAAUUACAGAAGUUGUGAAUACUCCUACGGGCCAGCCUUUAUUCGGAAAAGGAAUGAGCGGGAAAGGCAGCGAGUGAAAUGUGUCAAUGAAGGCUACGCCCAGCUCCGACAUCAUCUGCCAGAGGAGUACUUGGAGAAACGACUUAGCAAAGUGGAAACCCUCAGAGCCGCGAUCAAGUACAUUAAUUACCUGCAGUCCCUUCUGUACCCUGAUGAGGCAGAGACCAAGAAUAACCCCAGGAAGUGUUCCUCCAUAAUGACAACCUCCAGCCGCCACACUGACCCCAUUUUUAGAAUCAUUUGA